GCGUUUUUGUUUUCUUUUGCCUUGUUAUUGUCACCAGUAAUCUCUAAUAUUAAUGUCAUGUCUUAAUAAUCGUAUUUGCUAGAUGUGGUGUUAGGUGAGCUAGUGUCAACUUUAGGCUAGUGAUGGGACGCAUGGAGUGGAGGCAUUCUAAUUUGGGGAGAGGAAUGUUGAGGAACGCGGAGCAUCCACUGUGCUGAGAAAAGAGCCAGAUGAUUUGAAUACAUGUGGGAGAUUAGGAUUUAAGGACUGCGUUUGGGCAGUGCUCCUGGAAAGAGAGAGUGGAUUGGAUGCAUUGCUUGAUGUGUGUGUGUUGUCACUGUGAUUAUAACAUCCUGCAGAAUUCCUGAUACAUUGCUAUUGUGUCUUUGGUUAAAAAGAUUCUGUUACAUAAAUUGAAUGAUUACUUCUGUAAAUGCUACAUUAAAGCAGUCAGAUUAAGAGGAGAACAAAACUUUUAUCGUUUUUUAGCAGCUGAGUAAGAGAUUUUUUUAGAAAUGGCUUGUUGUGCAGCAGUGAGAAAAAGAAUCCACAUCAUUGUCAUGGUUAUUAAAGCCCAUCCUGCAUUUGAGGGAAUUAUGUUCCGGUUCAUGAGAGAUGGAGAACCAGAGGAUCCAAUGUUUAUGAUGGAUCCUCUUGCCAUCCAUCAGCAGCAUGUGAAUCGUGUGCUUUCAGGUGGAUUUGGAUAUAGCCCUUUCCUCAGCAUUGGCAAUGGGACAGUACCUGGAACACGCCAAGUUAGUCGAAGAAUGCAGCCUGGAACUGUUUCGCCCUUUGGGAUGCUAGGAAUGGCAGGUGGCUUUAUGGACAUGUUUGGAAUGAUGAAUGACAUGAUUGGGAACAUGGAGCACAUGACAAGUAGUACCAAUUGCCAGACAUUUACUUCUUCCACCGUCAUAUCUUACUCAAAUUUGGGUGAGGGCCCUAAAGUGUAUCAGGAGACCUCAGAGACACGUUCUGCACCUGGGGGGAUCCGGGAGACACGGCGGACGGUGCGAGAUUCCAACAGUGGACUGGAGCAAAUGUCAAUUGGCCACCACAUCAGAGACCGUGCACACAUUAUGCAGCGCUCACGCAACCAUCGCACAGGGGACCAGGAGGAGAGGCAAGACUACAUCAAUCUGGAUGAGAAUGAUGCAGCUGCAUUUGAUGAUGAAUGGAGGCGAGAGACUUCCCGCUUCCGGACACAGAGGGGGCUGGAUUAUCGACGUCAUGAUGGAAAUACUGGUCGAAGAAUUGAGGGGGGUCGUCUUGCUAUUCAGGGACCUGAGGAUUCUCCAAGCAGACAGUCGCGUCGGUACGACUGGUGAAUCCACAGCAGAUUUAAGGGGGGGUGCAGUGAAGUCACCCCCAAAACUACAUUCAUGCUCUUGUAGACAGUGAAACUCUGAUGGUGAAGCCCCUACAAAACAACAAUUGGAUCUUCUGCAAGAUGAAUUCUAGCUUCCUGCCCUCCCAAGAUUUAAAUUGACUAACUCUGCAUAGUUAUAUUUCUUGCAUAGAACAGUUGACCAAGGAGAAUGUGAGGGACUUUUGUCUAUAAAUGAGUAACAUAUAAAUUACUGUUUUCUUCUAACUCCUUUCUAUCUCCUACACAAGGGCCCCAAUUUUCUAUUUGGAUGCUUUGGGGAGUUUCAGGAGUUUUUGUUCAUCCCCAUACCUCAUUUCUACUUACCCAUCUCAAACAGCAGCCACAUUAACGAUUGAUCUGCUAUUAGUGUCAAGUAGUUGGAAAACAACCUUUAGUUGCCUCUGCUCUUGAUCAGACUGCCUUCCCUGGAACUUGGGUUAUGUGUGAAGUGCAAGAGAUCAAGUAAAGUGUGGACAAACCAAGGAGGUGCAGCCUCUAUUCUCUGGUUGUCAGCUCCCAAUCUUAUAAAAUUUGAUUUUGUGAAACUUGUAACUAAAUGUUUAUUGAGUUGAAUAAAGAAAUGGAACCUGUAAAGUAAAUGAAA